ACGGUCUCCUCCUCCUCCUCCUCUCCCCUCCGCUCAUCCCACCCCUCCCAAAUUCGCCUCCGCCUCGCCGGCCGCGACCAUGGCCGCCUCCGCCUCCACGUCGCUCUUCGGGCCAUGCGCCCUCACCGCCAGGCUCGGGGCGGGGCGCCCGUCGCGCGGGCCCCGGCGGCGCGUCGACGCGCGCCGCGGCCGCCUCUCGGUGGUGGCCGUGCAGACGGGCCCGCAGAAGCCGUCGCCGUCCCCGGCGGCCGACGAGGCCGAGGCGCUGCAGAACCUGCUCAAGCGGGAGUACAAGUACGGCUUCGUCUCCGACUUCGAGUCCUUCUCCAUCCCCAAGGGCCUCUCCGAGGCCACCGUCCGCCGCAUCUCGGAGCUCAAGGCGGAGCCGGCCUGGAUGCUCGACUUCCGCCUCGCCGCCUACCGACGCUUCCUCACCAUGGCGGAGCCCACCUGGAGCGACAACGUCUACUCGCCGGUCGACCUCCAGUCCCUCUGCUUCUACUCCGCGCCCAAGACCAAGCCCAAGCUCAACAGCCUCGACGAGGUCGACCCCGAGCUUCUCAAGACCUUCGACCGCCUCGGGAUCCCCCUCGGCGAGCAGAAGCGCCUCUCCAACGUCGCCGUCGACGCCGUCAUCGACUCCACCUCCAUCGCCACCACCCACCGGGAGGCGCUCAUGGCCAAGGGCGUCAUAUUUUGCUCCAUCUCCGAGGCCAUCCGCGAGUACCCGGACCUCAUCAAGCGCUACAUCGGGAGUAUUGUGCCGCCCGGUGACAAUUACUACGCCGCGCUCAAUUCUGCCGUCUUCAGUGACGGAUCCUUCUGCUACGUGCCCAAGGACACGGUCUGCCCCAUGGAGAUAUCUACCUACUUCAGAAUCAAUGAUAAGGAGACCGGGCAGUUCGAGAGGACUCUGAUUGUGGCUGAUGAGAGGAGCACGGUUAGCUAUUUGGAAGGUUGUACUGCUCCAGCAUAUGACUCCAACCAGCUCCAUGCCGCGGUGGUGGAGCUUGUGUGCGAAGAGGGGGCCGAGAUUAAGUACUCCACCGUGCAGAAUUGGUAUGCUGGUGAUGAGAAGGGCAAAGGGGGCAUUUACAAUUUUGUCACUAAGAGGGGGCGCUGCAAGGGGCGUGGCUCGAAAAUCUCAUGGACACAGGUUGAGACAGGGUCAGCAAUCACCUGGAAGUACCCAAGUGUGGAGCUGGUUGGGGACGACACCGUUGGAGAGUUCUACUCGGUAGCGCUGACUAAGGAUUACCAGCAGGCCGAUACAGGGACAAAGAUGAUCCACAAGGGGAAGAAUUCACGCAGCCGGAUUAUAUCCAAGGGUAUCUCAGCGGGGAAGUCAAGGAAUUGCUACCGUGGGCUGGUCCAGAUGAAUUCAGGUGCAGAGAAUGCGUAUAACUCUUCUCAGUGUGAUUCAUUGCUGAUUGGGGACAAGGCUGCUGCUAACACCUAUCCCACCAUUCAGGUGGGUUGUACUAGUGGCCGUGUUGAGCAUGAAGCAAGCACAUCCAAAAUUGGAGAGGACCAGCUGUUUUACUUUCAGCAAAGGGGGAUAGAUCAUGAAAAGGCCGUUGCAGCCAUGAUCGGUGGAUUCUGUAGGGCCGUCUUUGAACACCUUCCUUACGAGUUUGCCCAGGAGGUGGAUGCACUUAUGAACCUGAAGCUGGAGGGAUCAGUUGGCUAAGUUCUUGGUUCAACAAGUAUGUGAAAUAUCAUCCGAUAAUUAUCUGAAAUACCAUACGAUGGUCAUCUAGGAAGUCCAUGUGACCAUGUGUACAGCAGCAGUAUGAGACUGAGAAGAAUAAAUUACAUGAUAAAUGGACGUUUCAUGGCUUGUAUAA